AUGGCUCAUGUCAUUCACGAAGUCUUUGACAGCUCUCGUGUGAUUUCGAAUUACUUUGUCACUGGAUCGGAGGGAUAUCUGAUCUACACCGAGCUGACGAAGAAAGAGCCCGUGCAGAGCUUUCUGCAUUUGAGAAAGAUCAAAACUGAUCGAGACUCUUCAGAAAUACAGUAUCGUUUGAAUGUUCCUGCAUAUCAUUUAGAAUCUUUUCAAGCUAAGAUCCAAGUUGUAAAUGUUACUCAUGUUACGAGAAGUAGGUUGGAGAAUAGUUUUGUUCUUCUUGUUAAUGAGGGUGACGGACUACAGCUUAUUAAAUUUGAAAAUCUGUUCAAGGACGGCUGUACAAAGCGUGCUACUUUAGAGCCAAACAAGUGGCGUCACACUGAAGUAGGCGACAUGAUAACGUCUUUUUUCGCAUAUAAUACAAGAGGUCAGCAUCUACAAGUUGUUUAUUGCACUCGACUAGGUAGCGUCAAAAAACUAAGCUACGAUAUCACUACUUCUACGUUCCAGGAAAUCGAUGGGAUAAGAAAUGCAACAGGCGACAUUUUAAAUAGUUGUGCACCAUGCUAUGCUUUGGAUUUUUCUAAGAGCGAGAGUGUUGAAGUCCCUGAACUUCUCUUUUCAUGCUUUGAUAACAACGUGUAUGUUUACGAUAAAAAGCUGGAGAGAAUUGCUGUAGCAGACGUCUUCGACGAUAAUAAAACGCUGGUUUUUGCAGAAGGUGUCAUUGCAAAGAAAUAUAGCACGAAUGCGCUUAUAUUCUACGCAUGCAACAUUACAAACAGUGGAUGCCACCUUUUCAAAAAGAAUAUCAUGGGACAGUGGGAUCUAGUAGAGAUAUUUACAAGAGAUUUAUCUGUCGAAGAGAAAAGUCCCCUCGUAGACUGCCAUAUAUAUUGCAGUGGACGUACAAAGCUGACAAUAGUAUCUGGUAGUGAAAAUGGCAAAUUGUAUUCAUGGGAGUACGACUAUCUUGAUGAGGUUAUUGUCGAUACACAUGUCUUGGAGGUGGGUGCAUCAUACGACGUUGUUCAUUGCUUGCAAUCCAGAGAGGAUAAAAUAUACUACAUGCUGAAUAAGGAUACUAUAGGGUACACGCAUCGUAGUUAG